AUGGGAGGAUCGUACCGAGAAAGUCUGGCCGGGCACCCUCCGGGAUCCCGUGAAUGUUGGGGCUGCGGCGAGAUUUUCAGAAACGGAGUAGAACUUUACAAACACUGUAAGGAAUUCGGUCAUUUUAAACACGCUCCUCAAGAUGACCGCUUCUCUCCGCCGCCUACCAGAAAACGCUUUGCUUCACCCAUCGACACCCCUCCUACCAGACCAAGAGGUUCGUUCCGAGAGCCCAACAACACCUUUUUCUCUCCACCACGGAACAGAGAUAAUCCAACCCCUAAUCCUAAUACAACUCCCCUCACUAGAACUCGACAACCUUACGAGCUCUACUCCGCCCCCAGACCUAAAGAAAGUACCUCUUCUGGAGCAAAACCACCCCCAAGAGCACCCAAAGAAAUGUACCCCCCAACUAGAGAAUCCUAUGACCUAUUCACGUCGCGAAAUAAGGAGCUUAUUACGGCCAAGCCAGAGCGAUUGGAAGCCCCCUCAGCAUCGGUACCAACCUCAAUACCAACCCUACAGAAAUCAAUUGAACCAAAGCUAGCCGAGCCGAAAUUGAUUGAGCCAAAUAGUCCUAGUGCAGGAUUCAUGGCACGUUUCCGUCAUGCCGCUCUCAAGAGUGACGAAGAUUUGAAGACCGAGUUGAAGGACAUUGAGAACUAUUGGCGCCAAAAGAUCACUGACGAAGGCGAAAGAAUUAGGCGUGAAAAGGAGCUAGAAAUGAAGGAGCUGAGACUCGAACUGGAAAAGGAGAAGCUCAAACGCCAAAGUGAGCAUGACACUACCGCUCUCAGAGAGGAAGUGGAGAAGGAGCGGAGUCAGAGAAAGUAUUUGGAAGUCCUCAGUCAAUCUUAUGAGGUGCUUAAGAAGGUCCAAGAGACGAGAAUCGAGCAGUUGGAGAGUGCCAACAAAAGACUGAGUGGCGAUGACGGAUCCGUAGAAAAAGAGGCGACUAGCUAUUCCUCCAUGAUGGAGCGAGAAGAGAGCCAAGCAGCUUCGAAAAAGAGAUCAGCGGAGGAAGAGGAAAGCGAGGCGGCGAAGAAGCGAGCGAAAGUGUGGGAUGGCAAGACCGAAUGA